AUUACUUGAGGGUAUUUAAAAGAACUUUAAAUUACGGAUUUUGUUUAUGCUUUCUAUAUUUAGUGGGAACUGUACAGGAAAAAUAUUUUGGGUGAAAUUUGUUUUGUUCUUGUGGACAAAUUAAAAAUAAUACAAACCAAUGUUGCUGGACAUGAAAAUGGAAAAGUCACAAUCAGAGAUUAACAUUGCAACUGAUUCGGACUCUGAGAGCAGUGAAGAUGAUAAAUAUGAAGCAGACAUAGAAUUUUCUAAUGCAUGUAGACAUUAUUAUUUAUCGCGACUUGAAGCAACUGAAAGUUUUAAAAAGGACCUAAAGAAAGAAGACACGGUUAAAAAAUCUAUUUCACCGAAACAACGGCGAAGGUCGACGAUAGAUGAUAAAAUGGAAACAUUGAGAUCAGAAAUGGCAUCGUUAAUGGACCAGGACGUAUCCUUGAUGAAACAAUUAUUAACAUUAAAUGAGACAAUUAACGAAAUCAAACAAGGUCGUUUGUCGUCGUCAAGUAAAGGUUCUGUGAGUUCCCGCGGCUUUGUUAGUGGCAGCGAUUGGUCAGUUUCAGAAAUGUCAAUCUCACCGAAUGACGAACCCACUUCUUCUAAGUUAACUGGAUAUGUACCAACACAUCCGAAUAAAUCAAGUAAUGCCAAUGUAGAAAAAACUCGUGAUAUGCCUAGCUGCAAAGAAGACAAAAAACAAAUAAGUUUGACAGAUUUGUGGAAAGUGCGAACACAGACAUCUUUGACCUCUAACGAUUCGGGUUAUGUGGAAGACCCCAAUAAUUUGCUUCAGACCGAAGUUUAAAUUUAGUCAUGUAUUUCUCAAUUUUAAGAGAUGGUGCUAAUUCAACGUGCAAUAUUGUUUUUAAAUCUUUACUUUUAUAUAAAAAUAUUUUUAAAA